GAUGAGCGCAUCAUCUCAGCCGAGGACCACCGCAUCACCAAUUUGUCUCGCCGCGUGUGGACCCCUGCAGAGUUUUAUGUUGGUCAUCCCCCAGAGGCCACAGCAACUUCGCUUCACGCGCACAAGCAGCGCGGAUCCCCGGCUCAGACUGUCGUGCGACCUUAAAACAUGAUGGAAGAGGUGUCGUCCCAUUCCCCCGGCUCCCCCGUGGACAGCCUUGCGACCAGCGAGGAGGAGAUGGACAGGCACCACAAGCGGUUCGGGCGAAAGCGGCGGUACAGCAAGAAGUCGGGCGAGGAGGACAGCCCACAGUCGGGAAAGAAGGGGAAAAAGAGCAGCCCCCCGGCGCAAUCGUACGAGGACCUGCAGAACCAGCGUGUGCUGGCCAACGUGAGGGAGCGCCAGCGGACGCAGUCCCUCAACGAGGCCUUCGCGUCCCUCCGAAAAAUUAUCCCGACACUUCCCUCGGACAAGCUCAGCAAAAUCCAGACGCUCAAGUUGGCGUCACGGUACAUUGACUUCCUCUACCAGGUCCUACAGAGUGACGAGAUGGACAACAAGAUGACGAGCUGCAGUUACGUGGCGCACGAGCGGCUCAGCUACGCGUUCUCCGUAUGGCGGAUGGAGGGUGCCUGGUCCAUGUCGGCAUCGCACUAAGAGCGAGCUUGGUGCUGAUAAGGAGAGAAUGCGAGCAAUGGCAACGGCAAGUGGAGAUGCCCUUCCCGGAAACUUUACAGCGUCACCCACGAAAAUGUGUGGUGGAAAAACAACAACAACAACAAGUGGACAAAUACGUGAGCUGGAGAGACACAAGAGAGGUGGCUGACAGCCCUGGGAAGAUGUUUCACCUACCCCGGCCGAUGUCGACAGUCCGAAGCAAACUGAUUUGGCGACUGAUUGAUUAGACGGGGCACGGGUCGCCAUCUGCCGAAGACAUCAUGUGAGCUUUAUGGAGAAGCCAUUAAAAAAAAACACUCCAGAAACUAAGGACUGCGCUUUCUUCAUGUCUUUGUGAGACGCAUUCAAAAGUUUAUAUUCACAAGAUUAUACGAGGAAAAAAGCCAUGGCUACUCAGAGUAAGCAAAUGAAUUUGUUCUUCGAUAUUCAUCUAGAAAAAGUGCACGGCUUGGGAUUUUUUUUUUCUCGAAGGACGGCCUCUAUAGGUCUUCUUGCUACCUUUUUAAAUUUCAGCAGAGUAAUCCCUAAACUUGCAUGCAGCUCUACACUUGAGGCCAUUUUCAUCGACAUGCUUGAUACAUUUGCCGUACGCUGUUUCCAUUACGCGAAAAUUGUUGCUGUACAUUUAAUGAUAUACGAAUAUGUUAUGAGCCUAUGGAUUAUCGGGCUGAUGCAGCUUCAUUGAACAUGUAACUAUCUCUGAGAUGGUUUACAAAUGAAAAAAAAAGUUAGCAACAAACUUUUACACAAGCACAGCAAUACAAUUAUAUUUUCAUGCUGAAAGUGAUUUAAUUGUACUUUAGUUUUAGGCAGCACCGUUCUUACGAAGGCACAAAAAGAAACGUUUGUCAAUGUCAGCAUUAUGCAAUGUUAAUCCAUUCUUAAUUGUCAAGUAACGUUUUACUUGAACGUGUGGAAUGUUAGCACAGCAAUAUUAUGCUUAUGAAUAAAUGUUGCAAAAUACCUCUAUGCUACUUGAUAAAAUGUGCCGAACGUGGUUUUUGUAACAGCAUUUCAUUUUCAUUGCUCUUGAACAAUAUCUCAAAACGUGGACAACAAUCACAACUUCAAAUGUACUUUAAUUUCUUUGUCGACUUUGCUGCAUUGAAAGUAUUAAAUGAAAUCUUCGAUUCUCCAGAUCACUGAAAAAAGUUCUCACAUAAGAGUAUUACAUAGAAGGAGGGUUUCAUUGAUUAAAACAUUGUUGUCACUUUGUGUAUAUAUUUUGUGUAGUUACGAGUCACUAAUGCUGAAUUUAGCAGAAAAAAAUAUUGCUGCAAAUGCUAUUUAAAAUAGUGAUUAUAAAUAUCAGAUUAAGUGCCCUUAAAAUCUGCAUGUACGAUGAUAGCAAAACAAAUUUAUACACUAUGAUGACAACAAAAUCCAAGUCUUCAUUAAUGUGUAUAUUUUUUGUUGUUGUGGAAUGCAGGAUGGUGUAACUAUGAUGUAUUUUAUAAGCUGUUUUUAUUGUAUAAUAGGACUAUGGAGCACAAAUAAAGCUUUAUCUAAACUGAAA